AUGGAUCCUCCGCAGGAUACUGAUUCAAACGCGCAGGCUGCCUCAAAACCUAGAGCGGAUACAGCCGCGACUAACCCUAGCGCACAGCCUAAUGCGCAAGGGGGCGUAACGUCGGGUUCAGUUGCAGCUACAGCCCGAACUUCUUCGUCAGGACUCUCUGCCAAGGAGAAGAAGAUGAUCCCGGUUGAUGUGCAGGAAACAGCAGCAGAGGAUCUGCCUCAAGAGGCUUCAAACUUACCGGUUUCUCCACCGCAAAUUGUAGAACCAGGUUGCGCGCCAAACCCUAGCGCGCAGCCUGUUGCAGAGACGAACAAAUUUUCUGUUUUGUCUUCGAUUCAGGAGAUAGAGGAUGAAAUUGGAUCUAACGAGGAUUUCAUCGAAUCAGUUUAUGUAGAAGACUCCCCAAAAGUAGGGGAAACAUGUCGGGUUGAUGAUCAUGUUGAAUCACGUGUUCUAGCAUUGAUGUCUUUGACGGAGAUUCCUCAUAUUUUUUCUGACGAUGCUGAAAUCGGGUUGCACGGAGCUGGUUUGGAGAAUGAAAUGGGAAGCUGGUCUGAGGGUGAGAAGGACGAGGUCCUGGUGCAAGGGGACGUCCGGGGAGACUUCACGGUUACAAAGAAACGUGGCCGCAAAUCCAAGGAGGAGCGCGCAAGAUCGCAGGAAGGCUUUAAACGCAAUAAUAUGGGUGCUCCUUGGAUGGUAUGUGGGGACUUUAAUGUUAUUAGAUGCUUGGAUGAAUAUAAUGGUGUCUCGGUGCAAGACCAUUCGGCCAUAGAGGAUUUCAAUAUGUGCAUUCAGGCUUGCAAUUUGCUAGAGAUUCCAGCUGUUGGUGAGGAUUUUACUUGGGGUGGAACAAGGCAAACCGGUUGGGUGAGCAAAAAGUUAGAUAGAGUCCUCUUCUCGAAUGAAUGGUUGGAUCUCUUUCAAGUUAAUUCCAUUGAGAAUUUGAGUAGAAAAACGUCCGACCAUAGCCCCAUGCUACAUAUGUUUGGAGUGCAAGGAGUUUCCAAGCCUAGAGUCUUUCAGUUUCAGCAAAUGUGGCUGCAAAGACCGGAGUUCAUUUCGGUAGUCAAGGAGAAUUGGGAGCAGCCCAUAGAUGGUUUUGGAAUGAUAGCUUUCUCUCUUAAAUUGAGAAGGCUUAAAGCUAAGCUUAAAGAGUGGAAUAAAUCGUGUUUUGGUGAUGUAUUCGCCAACUUGAAGGAAGCGGAAGCAACCGUUCAACACUUUGAAAAGCAUGAUUUGAUUAUUUUUACAAAGGGAACUCAAAGAUCUCUACGAAGGCUAAACACUUUCUUUGAGCAAUAUGAAAAAGCUACAGGUCAAAAAAUCAGUAGGGAUAAAAGAUCUUUCGUGGCCUCGGAGAAGUGUAGUUCCAGAAGAAUAGACAUUAUCAAAGGCACAUUGGGAAUGCAACAUGGCGCGUUUCCCUUCACAUAUCUGGGUUGCCGGAUAUUUAAUGGGAGAAAAAAGGCGGCUAUAUUCCAAUUUCUCUUGGACGCUAUGGAUGCUAAGCUCCUGAAUUGGAAAAACAAGUUUUUAUCCCCGGGAGGCCGGCUCAUGCUGAUUCGGUAUGUUUUGAGUUCUAUGCCACGUCAUGUAUUCUCAGCAAUUCCACCACCGAAGUCGGUCAUUAGGGCUAUGGAAGCUCGCUGCCAAAAGUUUCUUUGGGAAGGAUCAAGUGAAGCUAAAAAGCGGCAUUGGCGCUCCUGGGAAAGAGUCACUUUUCCGGUACAUGAAAAUGGCCUUGGGUUGAGAAGUUUUGAAGAUGUUAUCUCUGCUCUCACUUCAAAAUUAUGGUGGAAAUUGAAGAACAACAAGGGCAUUUGGAGUGCCUUUCUCCACUCCUUGUCUCAUUUAGCUAAGGAGAAGACCUCUUGGGCUAGGGUAAUGAAAGUUAGUGAGCGAGCUAUAUCAUUCUCUAAGAUUAUCGUACGAAGUGGAGAUCGAUCCUUCUGGUUCAACAAUUGGGGUCCUAAUGGUGUUUUUUGGGUUAAGGCUUUUGAUGAGCCUCCAUGGCCGGACCUUUGCAUUCGAGAAUUUCUAGAGAAUAAAGAUCAGUACCUACCGGCUUUAUAG